AUGGCUGAUAUGGAAAAUGCGUCUUGUUGUGCGGAUGCUGCUUCCAUCAAAACAGGUAGAACAAUAUCUUGUCAUUUUGAAAAUGGAUUUUGUGGUUGGACUCCUGAUACAGUGGGUAAUAUAACAUGGAAAAGGAACAAAGGUAACUCUCCAGAUAGAUCUUCUGGUAUUAUUCACGACCACACGUUUCCAGAUAGUAAUACAAUAUCUGGUUAUUAUGUUUAUACGACUGGGUGGAAUACCUUAACAUCAGCCACGUUACUCAGUGACGUCUUUACCUUGUCAGCCCCGACUAACUUUACAUUCUGUGACCUCUGUGGUUAUACACCUAUAUCCGGUCAACCAGCUACUUGGGUACAGAUCAUCACUAAAGAUCCAUUACAUGGUAUUCCACCAACAACUGACGGAAAUUAUGCAUAUUUCAAAUCGAACUCGAUUAAUAUCCACAAUGGUGACACUAGAAGUUUAGUAUCACCCAAAUUAAAUAUAAAUGGUUGUAUUGACUUGGAAUUUUAUUAUAUUUUACCAUACACUGACACAAUGACUUUAUCAAUCAAAUUACAAGAAUCAGGAAAGAUAACUCUUGUUAAAGAUAUUACUGGAUUGAAUAUGAACAAAUGGCUAUACACGAAAAUAAACAAUAUUUGUGUGACCAAAAACACACAGACUUUAGAAUUAAACUACAUGCUCUCAUUAUAA